AUGCCUGCGCAACAAGUAGACUUACCUUCUGUUGACGAAUUCGGCAUCGAGGCCAUUCUACGUGCAAUUGAGCCAGAAAUUCGCAGUACAUUAGACUCUAUCGCAGAGAUAUGCGGCAGAAGUAAACUAAGUCUUGCCAACGAAUAUGGCAGCCACAUUGCUCCCUUCGGCGAGGUUCAUCCUCCUUCCGGCGAAUUACUAGCUAUCCAAGAGAAUACCACCAACGACAUGGAUGGCCCCGCAGAUGUAGACGGUCACAUCGUCAUUGUCGAUGAUAAUAACGACCUUUAUGGGUCAUCACUAGGUUUGCUCGACGAUCUCCGGCAGACGGCUAUUGCAACCGGUUAUCCGCGAGCUACUCGAGUCGAAACACAGGAAACGAAUUCAAAUCAUCAAAAUAGACGAGGAAAUAUUUCUAGGGCUGGGACAGAGACACGUCCUCCAGUAACGCCGGUGACAGGAAUGGAGGAAUUUGCUUCUACGUCAUCGAGGCCAGGAAGUAAGGCUCUGCUGGGAAAUGUCUCUGCGAAAGCGAAGACUACCAACUCAGCAAUGACAAGGACUUCGCCUGCAUUGCUUUCAGAGACGCGUCUUGAUGCUCAAAGCAAUAGGUCUUCAUGGCCUUCAGAGCCUCCCGAUACUCCCCGGGGCUCCUCCAUGCUCCCGGCUUCCUCUUUCACUGCGGAUAGAACCAGCCGCAACAGGAUAUCCCUCGUGGCUGACGUACAAAACUGGUUGAGCUGGUUGAAGACGAUAAUACAGCGUGAGAAGACUAGUCGGCAAACGUUUCAUUCUCAGUCGCAUUCUGCGGAGUAUUCUUUGCGCGCACUGCUUGUCAGGGAUCAGGACCAGGCUAUCGCUAUUCCCACGGCUUGA